UGAAGGCCGCUCUAUACACUUAUUCAAAUGUUUUAUGUUUAUUAAAGGCUUGUAUGCUCUUACAGAUGUAGAACAAAACGGUUUAGAAGAAGGAUUUCUAGAGACUCAUCUAAAAGAACUCCCAAAUGGUUUUAUAGUUAAUUCCAACGUUUAUAUUACAAAAAAUCAUUGGCACACUAUUAUAUUUGAUGAUGUUAUGUCUCAUUGCUUUGUGUGCGACGUACAUUUUACUGUACGAGCUGUAGAAAGUCAUAUUAAUAGUGUACAACAUAAAGGCACACUAAAUAAUUGUAAGCCGCUUGCAAAAUAUGAAUUAAGCAUCACUAGAAAGACAAGAGGGUUAUAUCACUGUGGUGUUUGCAACAAAAUUUUCGAGCCAAACGCUGAGACUGAACAUUUCGAUUCGAAAUUGCACGAAGACAACUAUUUGUCCGCUUCAAGCAAAGUCUCCGAUUACAUUGAUCGAUCGACUGAAAAUGUAAAGGUCCAUGAUGAUGCCAAUAAAGAAAGUUAUGUCGGCAAUAAUGAUUGUACAGACGAUGAAGACUACGACAACGAAUGGGUCAAAGCGGUGGCUGAUAACCCUGGCGCUUCCUACGCUAAUAUGCUUAGGAAAACAAAUAACACUCCAAAGUUUUAUGAUAUCAAUUUGGUUGACAAAAAAGUACGUGUCACUUAUGAUUGUUGGCAUAUGAUAAUAAAUCCGAAAAGUAAUUGUUUCUACUGUAUGGCGUGUAAACAGUACUAUGGUAUUACUAUUAAAUAUCAACACUGCGACAGUGAGGAGCAUUUGAAGAAUUUGCAGAGAUGUCCAAUUGUAGACUGUUAUGAGGAAUACUUCAUUAGGCAGGUCGGUGAUCUGUAUCACUGCGGGCAUUGCAAUAGUUUACAAAUACAGAGCUGUAUAGAACAGCAUUUAGAACAGAAACAUAAACGGAGAAAAUUGUCUGAAAACGCAAAUCUAAAUGCAAAUGACGAUAUACAUAGAGGCAAAGAAGUAGUAAAUGAUAAAAGUCCUAACAUUGACAAAGAUCCUCCUAAAUCUAUUGAAAAAGAACCCGUUAAAAAAGUUGAUAACGCUCCUCCGAUUAUAAGCAACAAUAAUGCCUAUAGUAAAGGCCUCUUACCAUCGAGCGGGCUAUUACAUUGUGCACUGUGCAAUCUAGUAUACCAUCCAAGUAUGAUCUAUGUUCAUAUUCAAACCCCAUAUCACAAACAACUAUUACAAAUAUCAUUAUCAGUCACUAAUCAAAAAAGUCCAAGCGUUAACGCUGUAAAUUCGUCUAUGAACUAUAAAAGUGAUAAUAAUAAAGUAAAACCUAAUGUUGAUGUACUUGAAACAAAACCAGAUUUUAAUAAUAAGAAAGAUAAUGCAGUAAAUUCAUUUAAGAAUUCUAUAAAUAAUAAUAUUGAAGCAAAACUCGAUGUUGGUGUGCUUAAAAGAAAACGAGAUUUUGAAAAUAAAGAAGAAGCAACAAUAAAGAAAGAAAUAGAACCUAAAGAAAAAGCUAGUUCAGCAAUAGCAAAUGAAGACAUUGAAAAUGAUGAUAUGAGAGCCGAAAACGCCAACAGUCCCAACGACACUCUAGAAUCUAUUAUAGAUUUGGAAGAAUUCGUUUUUAUUAAGCUUGAUAAUGUUUAUUUGAAGAUAACUAUUACAUCUUACAAUACUUUAGUACCUUUAGGUGAUGGUAAAAGACACUGUUUCGUUUGUUCGUCCAGAGUGGAAUACGAUGAAAUAAAAAAACACGUGGAAAGUCGCUAUCAUAUCGCCAAUAACGAUGAAUGCAAGUUUGUCAAUAUGUAUGAAGGUACCCCAUUGAGGCAGAUGUACUUAAUGUUUCACUGUGGCGUUUGCAAUGUUUUGAUGUUGCGUAGUAAUAUAAAAGAUCAUGUAACAUGGCCUAAGCAUAUAACAAAUAUGGAAGCGUCGAAACAAUCCAAGAAAAGUAGAAAGAACGAAGUGAGAAAUGGGACUCAAAUAUUUAUUGUUAAGACUGAAAAAGAAACUUUAUACCAAAACGCUAAGAAAGAAAGCGUUGGGAAAAUAUUAUUUUAUAUCAAUAUUGUUGAUAAGUGUAAUAUUAAGAAAUACAAAAUGAUUUCAAUUAAUGAUGAUAUACUCAAGUUACCAUUGGACAAUUGGAAUGGUGUGGUCAAAACGAAAGAAGAGAUAAAGUGUGUGCUAUGUCAGAAUAAGAUAGAGAAUGUUGAAGAUCAUCUGAAAGUGCAGGAACACGUGAUACGUGUUGAAAAUCCGUUCCUCAAGGAGCACUUGGGUGAUUUAUUAAGAGAGAUCAACCACGCCAACAUACAUUGCAUUAUUUGUAAUGUAGAAGUGGCCAAUAUAAGUCACGUCAUAUCAAAACACGUCGCCGGCAAGAGACACAGGAAAAACUAUCAAGUUAUAAAAGAAUUUAGCUCAAAAGCUAAUUCUUAUUCGGACUGUGAUGACUUAAUGUUACAACUGUGA